UGAACGGUUUUCUGGUUCUUUUUAGAAGACAGAAGAAUCGACCUAACAUUUCCAAGGAAAAAACACUUGGUAUAGCAGAGUUGGGUUGCUGUGGUUUCUAAGAAAGGCUACCAAGUAUAAUUUUAAGCUCCUGAACUUCUGUGGAAGGAUAGAGAGCCUGCAUCGCAGAACCCUGUAACAGAGAGGUGACGCUUAGGGGGGAAAUUAUAAAGGAUCCUACUGCCAGGGGUACAGACGUUUUCAUCAUGGCUCAUUCAAAGACAAGGACCAACGAUGGGAAGAUUACCUACCCUCCUGGUGUCAAGGAGAUCUCCGAUAAAAUCUCUAAAGAGGAGAUGGUGAGGCGCUUAAAGAUGGUUGUAAAAACUUUCAUGGACAUGGAUCAGGACUCUGAAGAGGAAAAGGAACUUUACCUGAACCUAGCUUUACAUCUUGCUUCUGACUUUUUCCUCAAACACCCUGAUAAAGAUGUUCGUUUACUGGUAGCUUGCUGCCUUGCUGAUAUUUUCAGGAUUUAUGCUCCUGAGGCUCCUUACACAUCUCCUGAUAAACUAAAGGAUAUAUUUAUGUUUAUAACAAGGCAAUUAAAGGGACUAGAAGACACAAAGAGCCCCCAAUUCAAUAGGUAUUUUUACUUACUUGAGAACAUUGCAUGGGUUAAGUCUUACAACAUAUGCUUUGAGUUAGAAGACAGCAAUGAGAUCUUCACUCAACUCUACAGAACAUUAUUCUCAGUUAUAAACAAUGGCCACAAUCAGAAAGUUCAUAUGCAUAUGGUGGACCUCAUGAGCUCUAUCAUUUGUGAAGGUGAUACAGUAUCUCAGGAGCUCUUAGAUACAGUUUUAGUAAAUCUGGUACCUGCCCAUAAGAACUUAAACAAGCAAGCAUAUGACUUGGCAAAAGCUUUGCUGAAGAGGACUGCUCAAGCUAUUGAACCAUAUAUUACCAAUUUUUUUAACCAGGUUCUGAUGCUUGGGAAAACGUCUAUCAGUGACUUGUCUGAGCAUGUCUUUGAUUUGAUUUUGGAACUCUACAACAUUGACAGCCACUUGCUGCUCUCUGUCCUACCCCAGCUUGAGUUUAAAUUAAAGAGCAAUGAUAAUGAAGAACGCCUCCAGGUUGUUAAACUACUAGCAAAAAUGUUUGGGGCAAAGGAUUCAGAACUGGCUUCUCAAAAUAAACCACUCUGGCAGUGCUACUUGGGCAGGUUUAAUGACAUCCAUGUACCAAUACGCCUGGAAUGUGUGAAAUUUGCUAGCCAUUGUCUUAUGAACCAUCCUGAUUUAGCAAAGGAUUUAACAGAGUAUCUUAAGGUGAGAUCCCAUGACCCUGAGGAAGCUAUUAGACAUGAUGUUAUUGUGUCUAUAGUAACAGCUGCUAAGAAGGAUAUUCUUCUUGUAAAUGACCACUUACUUCAUUUUGUGAGAGAGCGAACAUUGGACAAACGGUGGAGAGUACGAAAAGAAGCCAUGAUGGGACUUGCCCAGAUUUAUAAGAAAUAUGCUUUACAGUCGGCAGCUGGCAAAGAUGCUGCGAAACAGAUAUCCUGGGUCAAGGACAAGCUGCUCCACAUAUAUUACCAGAACAGCAUCGAUGAUCGGUUACUUGUUGAGCGGAUCUUCGCCCAGUACAUGGUUCCUCACAAUUUGGAGACGACGGAACGGAUGAAAUGCUUGUAUUACUUGUACGCUACACUGGACUUGAAUGCCGUGAAAGCAUUAAAUGAAAUGUGGAAAUGUCAAAAUUUACUCAGACAUCAAGUAAAGGAUUUGCUUGAUUUAAUUAAACAACCAAAAACAGAUGCCAGUGUGAAGGCCAUAUUUUCUAAAGUGAUGGUUAUUACAAGAAAUUUGCCAGAUCCUGGUAAGGCGCAGGAUUUCAUGAAGAAAUUCACACAAGUGUUGGAAGAUGAUGAGAAAAUCCGGAAACAGCUGGAAACCCUUGUCAGCCCCACGUGCUCCUGCAAGCAGGCUGAGGGCUGUGUGCGUGAAAUAACUAAGAAGUUGGGCAACCCUAAACAGCCUACAAAUCCUUUCUUGGAAAUGAUCAAGUUUCUUUUGGAGAGGAUAGCACCUGUACAUAUAGAUACCGAGUCUAUCAGUGCUCUCAUCAAGCAGGUGAACAGGUCAAUCGAUGGGACAGCAGAUGAUGAAGAUGAGGGCGUCCCGACCGACCAAGCUAUUAGGGCAGGCCUUGAGCUGCUGAAGGUCCUCUCUUUUACACAUCCCAUCUCAUUUCAUUCUGCCGAAACAUUUGAGUCCCUUCUGGCUUGUCUGAAGAUGGAUGACGAAAAGGUGGCAGAAGCUGCCCUACAGAUUUUCAAAAACACAGGGAGCAAAAUUGAAGAGGAUUUCCCACACAUCAGAUCAGCCUUGCUUCCUGUAUUGCAUCACAAAUCCAAAAAAGGACCACCUCGUCAGGCCAAAUAUGCCAUCCAUUGUAUUCAUGCUAUAUUUUCUAGUAAAGAGACCCAGUUUGCACAGAUAUUUGAGCCUCUGCAUAAGAGUCUAGAUCCAAGCAACCUGGAACACCUUAUAACACCACUGGUCACUAUUGGUCAUAUUGCUCUUCUUGCACCUGAUCAGUUUGCUGCUCCUCUGAAGUCUUUGGUAGCAACUUUCAUUGUGAAGGACCUUCUCAUGAAUGACCGACUUCCAGGAAAAAAAACAACUAAGCUUUGGGUUCCAGAUGAAGAAGUCUCUCCUGAGACAAUGGUCAAAAUUCAGGCUAUUAAAAUGAUGGUUCGAUGGCUACUUGGAAUGAAAAAUAAUCACAGUAAAUCAGGAACUUCUACCCUCAGAUUACUAACAACCAUAUUGCAUAGUGAUGGAGAUUUGACAGAACAGGGGAAAAUUAGUAAACCAGAUAUGUCACGCCUGAGACUUGCUGCUGGGAGUGCUAUUGUGAAGUUGGCACAGGAGCCCUGCUACCACGAGAUCAUCACAUUGGAGCAGUACCAGCUCUGCGCACUAGCCAUCAAUGAUGAGUGCUAUCAAGUCAGGCAGGUGUUUGCUCAGAAACUUCACAAAGGGCUUUCCCGAUUACGACUUCCACUUGAGUAUAUGGCUAUCUGUGCACUUUGUGCCAAAGACCCAGUGAAGGAGAGAAGAGCCCAUGCUAGACAGUGCCUCGUGAAGAACAUCACUGUGAGGCGGGAGUACCUGAAACAGCAUGCAGCUGUCAGUGAAAAAUUAUUGUCUCUUCUACCAGAGUAUGUUGUUCCAUAUACAAUUCACCUUUUGGCACAUGACCCAGAUUAUGUCAAAGUACAGGAUAUUGAACAACUUAAAGAUGUGAAAGAAUGUCUUUGGUUUGUUCUGGAGAUAUUGAUGGCUAAAAAUGAAAACAACAGCCAUGCAUUUAUCAGAAAGAUGGUAGAAAAUAUUAAACAGACCAAAGAUGCUCAAGGACCAGAUGAUACAAAAAUGAAUGAAAAAUUAUACACUGUGUGUGAUGUUGCCAUGAACAUCAUCAUGUCGAAGAGCACUACAUACAGUUUGGAGUCUCCUAAAGACCCCGUGUUACCAGCCCGGUUUUUCACCCAACCUGACAAGAAUUUCAGUAACACCAAAAAUUACCUGCCUCCAGAAAUGAAAUCAUUUUUCACUCCUGGAAAACCUAAAACAGCCAAUGUUCUAGGGGCAGUUAAUAAGCCGCUUUCAUCAGCAGGCAAACAGUCUCAGAGCAAGUCAUCAAGAAUGGAAACUGUGAGCAAUGCAAGCAGCAGUUCAAAUCCAAGCUCUCCUGGAAGGAUAAAAGGGAGGCUUGAUAGCUCUGAAAUGGAUCACAGUGAAAAUGAAGAGUAUACAAUAUCUUCACCUUUGCCAGGAAAAAAAAGUGACAAGAGAGACGACUCUGACCUUGUAAGGUCUGAGUUGGAGAAGCCUAGAAGUCGGAAAAAAGCUUCUGUCCCAGACCCAGAAGAAAAGUUAGGGAUAGAUGAGCUGACUAAGCUGGUACAGGAACAGAAACCUAAAGGCAGUCAGCGAGGUCGGAAGAGAGGCCACGUGCCUUCCGAGUCAGACGAGCCGCAGUGGCCUGAGGAGAAGAGGCACAAAGAGGAGCUCCUUGAAAACGAGGAUGAGCAGAACAGCCCGCCCAAAAAGGGCAAACGAGGCAGGCCGCCCAAACCUCCUGGUGGAGGGUCGUCAAAGGAAGAGCCAUCAGUGAAAACAUCCAAAAAAGGAAACAAGAAGAAAACUGUCCCUUCUGUGGUAGACGACGAGGAAGAAGAAGAAAGACAAAUUGGAAACCCAGAGCAGAAGUCAAAAAGCAAACAGCACCGAACGUCGAAGAGAGCACAACAGAGCAGAGCAGAAUCUCCUGAAACUAGUGCAGUUGAAUCCACACAGUCCACACCACAGAAAGGACGAGGAAGACCAUCAAAAACGCCAUCACCAUCACAACCCAAAAAAAAUGUUCGUGUAGGACGCUCCAAACAGACAGCUACUAAAGAAAAUGACUCGAGUGAAGAAAUGGAUGUCCUUCAGACCAGCUCUCCUGUCAGUGAUGACACUGCACAGGAAGGAGCGGAAGAGGAGGACAUCUCUGCAGGAAAUAUACGGCGGAGAAGUUCCAAACGAGAGAGACGAUGAACACAUGUCAUUAACUUUCAUGGGAAACAAACAAUGUUUUUUGUCAAGUAUAGGCUAAAUAAAGCCUUGGAUGCACAAAACAGGACUGCCAAAGUGUGGACAGCUGGACCUUUGAUGGUCAUGAAUUUGUGUCACGUGUUGGCCAUUCACAUAGUGACAGCAUUGACUGCGGCAUCUUGUGAAGGGUUCAUGUGUGAUGGCUGUGUAGACAUACUAAAGAAGAAGCGUGUAAAUAGCCCUGCCCCAUUCUGAAGUGCUUGUAUAGCUUCUGUCUGCGGCUUUAAACUGACAGGCCCACUGCUCACGGGAUCUGUUCAUCUGAAGAGCAUCUGUUAGUUCGGAUCUCUAGCACUGGUCAGUCAGUGUGUGUAUUUGUAUUCUCUGCAACUUUACUGUGAAAAUUUGCUUUUCAACAAGUGGUGUCAUUUUCCUGAUGUCACUCUUUGUUGGAGUUAGAUAGUCUCUUCCCUCGUUGUAUCUCAGCUUGUUUACCCAGGGCACCCUUCAUCUGGAGAGGUGCUAGAGACUGCCUUCACACUAGAGCAGCACCUGUCUCAAGUUCUUUGAUGACUUUACACCUCAGUAUUGGUCCCAGAAUUUUCUGGCCUUUCAUGGCAAUGAAAAUUUUAAGAAAGAGAUUUAAAAUAUUUUAAUUUUAAAGAGUGUGUUAUAAAAUAAUGUACUAAAUUCUUUAUUCCAUUCUAUCAUCUGUUUUCAGUUUAUAUUAAUCUACUGUAUCAAUAAAAUUCUGUAAUUUGAUGGGCUUUUAAUAGUCUAGAAUGUUAUUGUGUAUAGAUACUACUUCUUGAACAUUAUGUUCAGAAAAUGCAAAUUAUUACACUAUAAUAUAAAAUCUGAUGUAUACACAUUAGAAAAGUUCUCGUUCUCCAUAACCAUGUAAAGUUAAUCAGAAACAAAAAAUUUUAUUGAUGCAGUGUAUCUUUAUAAAUCUGUUCUUGAAAGCCAAGUGUUUUGUAUUUUAUAGUGAGUUGCAUGUUCAUGAAAAAAAUUGCUGAUCAUGAGAUGUGCUUUUUCUGUAAAUUCCUACUUAGCCAUAGUAUAUGAUAGAUGACCCCUAACAUAGUUUUUCAUCAAGAGUUUAUAAUUGUACUUUAUUUUGGAGCCAAAAAAACUUGUUUUGUGGGGGUGGGGGUGGCAGUGACAUACUGGUGUGGGCUGACACUAUAGGUGUCACACUCUGCUGACACCGAGUCCACUGCAUCCAGAACAGGAGAAAAGGCAGUUUGCCUGAUCAUCUUAGAGAUCUGUGCUGUUGUCAUUUCAUCUACAAAGGCUAAAAAUGGGUUAUACAGUUAUAUGAACUGUGUUUUGAACCGAAAUGUAUUGGUUACCAUCUUAUACUCACCUGAAUUAACUUUACAUUUAUGGGUGCUGAGUUGUUUUUGCACAAUUGUUAAAAACAGAAGAGAAAAUUACAUUCUAAGUUACCAAGUUUAUUAUAUCAGAUACAGAGCAUUUUCAUAUAGUAUACCUUUAUGUUUAAGGUAUGUCUCCAGAAUUGGCUAUAGUAGAUUGGGGAUGCAAUAAAGAAGUGACUAUUUUAGAAAACAACACUUUGCUAUUUUCCUGUAUGUAUCGCAAAUGAUGUGAUUAUUUUUCUUUUAAAUAUUUCCUUAUGUUUAUGAAACACUUUAUUUUUAAAAAGACGUUUGAAUUGUGUCUUAAUCUUUCAGUGUUGACCGUUUCUUCACUUGGAACAGUGCUGACGAAUGGCGUUGGGAGGCUGAUGGGAGGCUGCUGUCUAUCGGGCAGCUAACAUUGGAUUGUGAUACUUUGGGUUUUAAUGUUUCAUUAGCUCGGCUCUCUAAACAAUGUUGUUUCAAUUUCAACAACAGUACAAAAGCAUGUUUUUAAAUCUAUGCCAUAGAUAAUAAAGGAUAGCUUUGUAUUUUUGUCAUCAACUAAACUGCAUUGGAAAUAUUUAUGGAAAUAUAUCUUUAAAGCCAUUUUAUAAAACAUACAAAAAUUAUUAUAGAGGAUUUUUAUUUGCAUGAUCAUCGUUCACCAAAUUUCAUUGCACUUAAUGCUGUGCAUUGGUUCAUGACAAAACAUGGUCAUUGUAGAUUUUGUUUGUAUUCUUUACCAAUAAGUCUGUAAUUUUUUAACUUGUCUGUUCACUUUUUGGGAGGAUUAUGAUAUAAAGUUCUCAUUUUUGUGUAGAGAAAUAGGUGCAAUAAUGAUCAAAGUUUUUGUCUUGAGUCUUCAUCUUAGGGACUAUUAUGUUUAAAUGUUAACACUCAUGCACUAAUAUUUGGAGAGGCACGUACUUUACAGUAAAGCUAGGUGUGUGUAUGACAUUAAUUGUUGACAGUUGUUAGCACACUGCAGUGACUCCCUUUGAGAAUAUCUGACAUUGAGGACCUGUUUAGCUCAUUGUAACCCACGGCCUCUGGGAUCUGUUGACUCCCUUUGAGAAUAUCUGACAUUGAGGACCUGUUUAGCUCAUUGUAACCCACGGCCUCUGGGAUCUGUUGACUCCCAGGUGAGCUUUGCUUGCUGUGUACAACACUAAGUGGAUUCAGUGCUCUCCACUGUGUGAGUUAGAAACGUGCUGUAGAAUGUUCUUGACAUUAAAUGACUCUGUGUCUUCUUACAAGAGUUCCUUUUGCCUACUAGAAGACUAUUGGGGGUUUAAUGAUGUGUUUAACGUAGGCAUCUCUCUACCACAUAGUAUUAUGUUACCAUAACAAAUGAAUGGUUCUUAGAUAACCAAUUUUCAGACAGAGUUUGGGUUUUCUGUGAAGUUAAAUAAACAUAAAAGCUCAUGUAAUUAUAUUUUUAUGUGACUCAAUAUAUAUUUACCAGAGAAA